GGGGAUUCCAGAAGGGCCCAAAAAAAUUUGGGAAUUUUGGGGUUCCCGGCAGUUUCAGCAACCUGGGCAUUCAGUGUGUGAAGAAGAAGGAAAUCGAGGGCGCCAUCGAGAAGAAGCUGCAGCUGGGGAUCGACCCCUUCAAAGCGGGCUCCCUGCGGAACCACCAGGAGGUCGAUCUCAACGUGGUCCGGAUUUGCUUCCAGGCCUCGUUCCGGGACCGCGCCGGGAUCCCCCGCAGCCUCAGCCCGGUGCUGUCCCAGCCCAUCUUCGACAAGA